GACGGCUCAGUCGAGCUUUGAACUUCUACCUGUGCGCACAGUCUUUGGCCGUUGACGGCGCCGACCGGAUUCGUCAACCGGGGUGUAGACAACGCAGAAAGUCAGUUUUGUGUCAGCCGCGGAAUGGUCCAUAGAGACUUGAACGCGUGAUUGAAAUAUUUCGUUGACUGGUUGCAUUCGCGAGAAGGUGGCAGUUUAGGGUUUGAAAUUUCUUGCUAGAGAAGAAGCACUACAUCAAGUUGGUUUAUCCUUUACUGAGUGUACAGAGCAGACGUGAAUUGAAAAGUGAGCAAAGCUGUUCAAUUUAUGAAUCUCGUUGGCUACGAUAGAAAAUACAGCGAUCUAUAUCUGGAAGGCUUUCCAUGUUCAAAAGAUUCAAACAAAAUGUGCAGCUUAACAUAACAGCUGCAUUUGAGGCAAGGGUGCCGAAAUCGUAGUCAAAAAGGUUUUAACGUUGAAAGUGAUGUGCUGAUUGUAAAAUCGAAAAGUUCAAAUAGUAGUGAUUAAAACACGAGAAAAAUAAAAUAAAAUUAAAUACUCAAUUAGCAUUUGGCAAGAAGCAAACGUGCACGAAACGUUCCCCGAACAGGCUGGAACAGGCCAAGUACGGAGAUAACGAGAAGAGAAAAGCUGGCAUUAAAACACCCUUUUCUUCACACCACUUCUCCGCGCGGAUCGUCGUAAACCGGGGCGACAACUUUCCGGGACACCCGCAGAUCGUCGCCACGUUUGAAACCUUUGGAACAUUUGUGCUAGUGUUGCUGCUGCGUCUGUCUGCACAGUUGCUGCCACGGAAAAGUAGAAGCAUUUUACAACAAUUAUUCUCGUGAAAACAAACGAAGAUUAAAACGCAAAGCAAAAAGAAGAAAAGUCGAAGACGGUGUUGAAGCAUAUCAAACGAUAACAGAGGUGCGAGAGGAGUAGUUAAAAGAGAAGGAAAAAAAUAUCGCGAGAAGCGGAAUUGAAAGUCAACCAGACGCGAAAAGAAACGACCGCGACAGGAAGAGAAAAUUAAAAGCAGAGAAAACUUUAACUAAAGGAGAAAAAGAAAAGAAAAAUGCUCUGAUGAAGAAAACGUGCUAGAUUGUUUCGUGUGCAGAUGGCAAACCAAGUGUGGCACCUGUCCUGAGAUUUCUACCAUGCUCUUCUAAAACCAUUGUCAUAGUUACACAAAAAGGUCAUUCAUUAACAAUCUUCGUGUCCUCAAGCUUAUGCAACGUGGAAAUGCAUGAUUGAGCUCAACAGUCCUCGACGCCCCGUUUAUCACCAUUGCACAUCCACCCGUGUCCACCACAUUCGAGGGCGAAACAAUUGUCCUGGAAAGCUGCACCCACCCGAUUCCACCGUGUCGCAGUACAGGCCAGUUACGGACAUAUCACGCUUAUCAUCCCCAUCACCACCACCACCCACGCUACCGAACGAAAAUGUGAUAGUGCCACAAGCGGCGAGCUUUAGCCAGCAGAUCGCAAAUUACUUCCUGCGCAUUCGUCGUCGAACGACGCAAGUUGUUCACAGCCAGGACAGUCAUCCUCACGUGCUUCCUCCCGAGCCGCAACCGCCGGAAGGGACCACCAACUGCUCCCCCGGAAGCAUGGCCGCCACGGAUGGUCAGAUCAUACUGGCCGCGUCCCGCUUCGGCGAGGCACAGCCAGUUUAUCUGAAAGAUUUCGCCAAGACCGAUUUGCCCGCGGUGGGAAAGAUCGUCAAAGGCCAGUACUACAAUCUGGGCGUUCCGACCCUCUCGAAUCCCUCUCUUCAAAGUACGGCUUUGUUUCUGAACGCUGGCAAAAAGUACCAAAUUCUAGCCCAACCCAUCAAGAUCAAGGAAGGACGGAAGAGCACCAACGUUGGUCCAAAGGUUCUCAUACCGGAGACGUACCCGGGCUUUUUCGAGCUACUCAGCGAAGAUGGGCGUUCUACGCGUUGCAUCGAAUCUGUGCUGGAAUUGUCGAAGCGACGGAACUUUCGCGUCCUGGUGCGUGAAACCGUUCGAUGUAACCACAACAGUAAAUCGCUGCACGCGGGCGAAAUCCUCACCACGAUCUCAGACAACGGCAAGUAUCUGCAGUGCAAGACGUCCAAGGACGAAGUCGUCAAUUUGCCAUUAGAAGCCAAAGCCAAAUUUUCACCUAUUGCUAAAGAGGAUAGUAUUAGUGGUGUACAUACAGUCAGCAAUCUGUUGCAGAAACGAAUGCCAGUAACUGUUAGGUUAGUUCACGGAACGGCACCUAAAGGAUUAAAGCAACCGUUUGUCCCGGAGCUGCGUCUGCUGGGUUGCGUUGAAGUAGAUCGAAUAUUUGCCCUCCCACUGCAAAAGGACAUGGAUUUGAUUUCGGUGCCUUUGAACGCUAAAAUAAAAAUCCAACGUGCGAAGAAUAUGGACCAGUUGGAUCAUUUUAUCGAGUAUUCUCGAUUUCUUGAUAAGGCGCAACGUCUGCUGGUAGACGCCCGUGAUCGGUUGCAAAUUAUCGAUCUUAAGCUGGGUGAGAAGGAGAAGAAAGAAACCGCUAAGCAUUCUAGCAACAAAAAGGUGUCAUCAACCAUUUCCGGCCUAACCGCCAAUGGGUAUGUUUUGACGAAAAGCAACAGCUGUGAUUCGAGUCGUUAUUCGCCGCCACCGUGCGGAGGCAGUCAGAAUGGUUCGAUUGCGGACGAGUACGACGAGAUCGAUCAGAUCUACGACUACGUACGAGGUCUUGCGCCAUUACCGAAAAACCUUAACAAAUUUGAAGCGAUUGUGGAGCCCGUAUCAACGCCAAGUUUUACACCGGUGGCUACUCAUCAACACAACCUCAAGACCGUUGAAAACAUGAAAACUAAUAGCAAUAGCAUCAACAACAAUUACAGUCACUACGAUACAGGCAACUAUUCGAACAUCAUUAAACAAAACUGCAGCAGUAUGAUGAAUGGCAACAGCUUGGAAUCGACGAAGCAUAGUGUCGUUACAGCGGCAGCUGCAGCGGCGGCAAACGCAGCCAACAACAACCACAUUAUGGUGCACAAGGAAGAGCACAAACCAAUACCUCCGCCGAUCGAGACGAUUCCGGGCAAAAAGUUGCCUGAAAAGCGCCAACGACCGACGUUGCCGAAACUGUACUUCAAGAAUAAUCUCGGAGUGCACCAAAAAAGUCCCACAUCCGCGGCGGUCAGUCCCAUGGGAGGUCCCCCGUCCUGCCAUCCUCCACACAUCAUUGGAACACCCAAGGAAAUUGUGGUCGAGCCACAGAGUCCGUUGUUUCACAUCAGAUACAAGAGCCUUAGCUCACUACAGCUGGCCCAAGAUUCACAUCCGCCAACGCCGAUCUCACCUUCCCCGAAAGGAACGCAGGAAAAGAACCACAUGCUCUCGAAGUCCGCCAGCACAGGUCGCGAAGGAACGCUGGAUUCAUCUCGAAGUGGCGGCCGCACCUCCGGGGACUCAAAGCUACCCGAAAAAAAGACACGCCGGCUUAGUCGACCGCGCAGCCUUUCCAACCUGGUGUGGGACCUGCGUCCGCACAAGUCCGAAAAAUCCAAAAAGAAGCUCUAUUUGCAUCAGUUUGACCGGCAGCAGGGUACACUGUAUCUUUAAAAAUUCCAGGUUGGAUCGUUAAGCAAUUGUCUCACAAAUUGGUAAUCGUUCUAUGAUGAUCAUUCAGUCAACAGCGGAAAUAACUGAUGCAUCUUCUGUUUCAGCUACAAAGAUUUCGUCAAUAAUUUUAGUCAGCAGCACGAACAACUCGAGCGACUCUAAAAUGAAAAACCCAAGUUUAACUGCUUCCAUUCCAGUGAAUUUGCGCACGGAAACCUCUGCACACCUCUUCUUCAUGUGAUGUGAACCACCGUAGUGGAUAAAAUCGUAGAUCAUACUGACCUGUAAUCCGGAAGUAGCCGACAAAAUCAACAAAAAGUAGUUAACUAAUCACUAGCUGU